GGACGAGGGUGAGACAGAGCAAGCGAGACAGCAAGAGUGACUCAGAGAGAGAGAGAGAGAAGAGAAAAGAGAGUGCGCAAGGCUGAGGACACAGAUCAAUGCAUCUUUGUGCCUGCUGCCUCAGCAAGUGAAGGUGAGAGCAAAUCAAAACAAAUGAAAAGCAGACGCCUCUGGAGAGAAGCAAACAGCCUCCAAUCAGCCUCUGAGGGAGGAUGAUUACUGUCUGCGGAGAGCCAGAGGAGUGAGUGACAGUCAACACAAGCUCAUGUGCGGAUUUCAGGCAUCUUAAGAGUCUCCUCGCCGCACUGGACAACAAGACCUUUUGUGGAUGCUGAAAACCUGCAGGAGAAAAUACCUGCAACAUGAGGUUUGAGUCUCAGGAUGGAACCGAAGGUGUACCAUAGUGGUCAAGUGCAUUGAUUUCCACUCAAGUCUGCCUGGACCAGUUAUACCUGAAAUGGGUAGACGGGCAGCUGAUCACACCACUCCGGUGCCAGUUCUUGGAGAGCCUGCGCUUGUGGGAACACGUGUCUGGAGGACCAUAGCAAAUGGGACUAGUAGUAUGGCGGCCCUGACGCUGGCUCAUCAUUGUAAUGUCGGUGUGCAGACAUCACCGGCAAUCAGAAACAACCAACUACAACUGGAGGGAAAACAUACAGGCACUUCUCGUAAUCAAUCAGAAAACAAAGUGAUCAUGCAACCUAAUGGCCACAUCCCAAACGAGGCGAAAGAAAAAACAAGAAGUAUCAUUAUUAAACGACGAAGUCUGGAAACUAAAAUGAAAAAGGGAGUGACAUUUGAGGGACUGGAGAGGGAUGUUUGCAAAAGCAUGAAGGAAGAAGUGCAGUGCAACAACCGUCCAAUAAGAUCCAGUCCUCAGAUAAGAGGUGUGGCCAACAGCAAGAUAAAACCAAGAAGGAAUUGUCACUUCACUAAUGGGAGUGUGGUAGACUCUGAGGUAAUAGGUGGGAUCAGCAGUGACAUUAGCGAAGCUGAGGAAUCUAACAAAGGAAAGAAAAAUAUAUGUUCACCUUCUCACAGACCUCCUGUGACCAUCUGCAGCACUUGUGGAGGCAGGCAAAAUCCAACACCUCCUGGAAUAUACAGCCAAAACAAAAUGAUUACGCCGCCAACUACUACAAGUACUCUGGGACUCCAGUUGAGACGUUCAUCUCCUCUGUACCCUGGGAAGGACGUGCAAGAAUACACGCAGAUGGAAAGGCACACCGACCGCAAUGUUACACAGUCAGACCAGCACCCCAUGAGUCCUAACCUUCAUUCUUAUCUCAACAUGAAUAUAAACAAGGAAUGGCCAUUAUCUCUGCUGCCUGCUCAGCAGAGUGAGGUAUCAAACCUCACUAAUCAUCACGCAGUCAAGAGGGAAUCUAGUGCUGACACAAACAUUAAUCAUACCAGUCGCUCAUCGGCUCUAAAUACGCACACGCUCACUCUAACCGUAAAAGAGGAGAGAGCUUCAACAAAGGUCGUAAACACACUUUUGAAUGCACAAAAACCCCACAACUCUUGUCCCUGUAGGCCUCCUGUGUCUGUUAACCCUUCUCAAACAGACAAAAACAGCCCAACAGAGAAGCAAGCUGCCACACCGAUAACAAGUACCAGAAUAACACAUGCAAACACCCACGUUAGAUCAAUUCAGCAGACAAACACUGAUGAGAAACGGCCAAAUCUAGGAAAUCAAGUCACAGGCACACACUCAGACUCUCCCCAGCCUGACAAUAGAACAUCAAACAUCAAACCUUUACAAACUACUAGUUCGUUCUCCCAAACUAGCACACCACAGAAGUCCAAACCCCAAAUUGGCGAUGCACUUUUGAAAUACUCAAGGUUAAGCACACUCUCCAAAUCCCCAAGCUGUUUUCAUUUACAUUCGAACGUCAAGCACCGAACUAUAGUGCAGAGUUGUGUGAAUGAAGGUGUCAUAUCCUCCGCUGCUUCAAACAUUCACAGGCAGGUUCAGUUCCCUAAUGGAUUAGAGUCCAAGUCUGACACGCACACUAAACCGUCAAUGUGCUCACACGCAAAUUUUGGCAUUAAACCUCAAAGCGAGACGCAAAUCUGUGCUGACACAGAGUCAGAAUACCCACCCUCUGAUUCACGUUCUCAUUUGGCACUGGUAACACACACACAUAAACUUUCAGGGCCUCACGGUGAACCACGUCAAGCGCCGAUGCACACAGACAAUCUUUCGCCUGCUGAUAUGCACAAGCAAGUUUCCCACACAUCCACGCAGCGAACAAACACCAGUGAAGCACCACUGCAGGGUAUAUCCACGCAUAAAGACGCACUUUCACAUCCUUAUCGUGAGUCAAAAAGCCAAAACGACGCUUGCUUGCUUUUACAUGACCCAAAUAUGUCAACCCACGACAAAGCAACACUUACGAAGCAAACAAACAACCAUCAGAACCUCUCAAAUGCAUUUACCGCCACUCAGACUGAAGUGGUGGUGCAUUCGAACACCAAAGAACAUUCUCAAACUAGCCCUGGGCUCAAAUCAGCCUCACGCGCAUUGUGUGUUCAUUCCAAAACGCCACGUAGACAGAUAGAGCCAGCGGUUUUCAGGCACUCUGUCCUGAAUCAGCUUAAUAAAGACUCUCUUGAGUCCUCAUUACUAACCAUUGCUUCUGCUAGGGCUUUUCCUCAAACUAAAACAAACUGCAAGACGGAUUUCAAAUCUUGGAGUGACACAGAGUCGAAGAAACAGGCCGAUAUUAUAGAAGCAGAACUGGAACAUCAAAUAAUCAACGACUCACUCCAGCCUCCAAAUAAACCUCCACCUCCUGUGACCCCUGCUUGUCGACCACCUAAACCUUCUUCUGCACCUCCUCAAGCGCCAGCUUUUAAAUUCAUAACGGGGGACAGUAAAAACUUGAACGUGGCCUCCAAUCGAGACCCGAUUGUACAGAACAAUGGGAGUCUCAAUAACUCAAAGACACAGAUGGGAUCUCUUUCGAAAGCAGUUGGCUCAGUCCCAAAUGAGCCCUGUUCUCUAAUGCACGACCACCCAGCUUCUGUGGCCCGGUUGCUGCCUGCGUCGCCUCACUGUGGCAGAUCGAGGGACCCUAAGCAUAAAUUAGAGAUGGUAGAGGAGAAUCUGCAAUCUAACAAAGAAAGAAUCGCAACUCUUCUGAACAUCAUCCAGGACCUGGAGAUGAGCCAUGCACUCAGCAAAGGUCGGAGGUGUUUUCGAACUGGCCAAGACCUCAGUGACUGUUCCACCUGUCAGAAAACCGCAUGUGCUGUCUACAGUGUGGAGUAUGACUUCCGGCAACAGGAGAGAGGAUUUAAAGAGCUCCUUCAGAGUCUGUGCCCACUGUCUCCAGAGAGGAGAGAAGGAUAUGAAGAAUCUCUAUCUUUACUCACCUCACUCAUUCAGAAUCACAAAUUACACCAGCUAAAUGCCAACAUUAUGACCCACAGUAAAUCUGAAAAUCAAAAUCAGCCACAAAUUAUUUCUCAGAUUCAGUGCCAGAUUCAGGCUCAGUCACAAAUUCAAAGUCAUCCACAGCCACAAAUUCCAUCUCGGCCUCCAGCAAACUCACAGAUUAUGUCUCGGAUUCAACCCCAGAAUCAGAUUAUAUCCCAGACUGAGAUUAUGUCUCGGAUUCAACCUCAGAUUCAGUCUAAGAUUCAGCUUCAAUCUCAGAAUCAGAUUAUAUCCCAGACUGAGAGUAUGUCUCGGAUUCAGUCUCAGAAUCAGAUUAUACCCCAAAGUGAGAUUUUGUCUCGGAUUCAACCUCAGAUUCAGUCUCAUUCACAGAUUCAGCUUCAGAAUCAGAUUAUAUCUCAGACUGAGAUUAUGCCCUCGCUUCAGAUUAUGUCUCAAAUUCAACCUCAGAUUCAGUCUCAAACUCAAAAUCAAUGCCUAUUCAAGGCCAAAAUCAAGAGGAAGAAAUUAUGCAGAAAGCUGUUUGGCUGGCUGCCACAUAAAGUCCAAAUGAAAUGACUGCAUCAUGCCAAGUAUCUGAUUUUCAUGCAUGACUCUCAACCCUCCGGUAUGCGGAGUCACAACUCUUUAUGGUCUAAAUGCAGUCUGAAGUCUGGCCUUUUUUCGUGGAAUGGAGCAAUAUUAUAUGGCAUUCUGUGAAUGUGAACUUGCAAAGACAAUUUGAAUUAUGAAGCUAGUUUUCCUUGGCAAAUGCAAUUGUAUAAGAUUUACUUUAACAAUUAAUUAUGAAUUACCUACAGUUACAAGAACAUGAUGCUUGCCUUGACUAUUUAUGAAGGGUUUUGCACUUAAAAUGCUUUUUUAUGACAUUAUGAGGACGUGGAACAUCACUUGGACAUCAACUGGACAGAUAUCAUGUGUUGAGUCCAGAAGAGACUGACAUAAGGAGCUACAAUGUCUGAAUUUUAGCUAAAUAAACCAGAUUCAAGGUUGCGCACUGAAUAUGGCUGUUUUUCCUUUUUUUCUUCCCUCACAUGAUAAAACAGUG